GGGGAACUCGGCAGAGCAGCGGACAGUCGACCCUCUUGCUGGAACUUAGAGCAGACAGCCAAAAGGGCCAUGUGAUGCCUCCUGGACCCCUGGACCUACAGAACCUGAAGACCCCAGCCUCAGAACAUGGCAAGUCCAGAGCACCCUGGGAGCCCUGGCUGGACAGAACCCAUAGCCCCAUGCACAGCAAGGACCGGGCAGGAGUUCCCAGCCUUGGGCCCAGACCUCCCAUGUCCAGGACUGGAAGAACACUCAGACGCUGAGGACAGCCCCAGCCUCAACUCUAGCAUGACCACUCGGGAGCUGCAGGAGAGGUGGAGGAAGGAGAAGAGCCGCUGGAAGCCCGUCAAGCUGCUCUUUGAGAUCGCCUCAGCCCGCAUCGAGGAGAAGAGAGUCUCCAAAUUUGUGAUGUACCAGAUCGUGGUGGUCCAGACGGGCAGCUUCGACAGCAACAAGGCGGUGUUGGAGCGGCGCUACUCGGACUUCGAGAAGCUGCACAAGGCGCUGCUCAAGCGCUUCGGGGCCGAGCUGGAGGACGUGGCGUUCCCGCGCAAGCGCCUCACCGGGAACCUGUCGGCCGAGACCAUCAGCGAGCGGCGCGAGGCGCUGCGCGACUACCUGCGGCUGCUGUACGGCGUGCGCGCCGUGCGCCGCUCGCGCGAGCUCACCGACUUCCUGACGCGGCCCGAGCUGCGCGAGGCCUUCGGCUGCCUGCGCGCCGGGCAGUACGCGCGCGCGCUCGACGUGCUGGGCCGCGUGCUGCCGCUGCACGAGAAGCUCACGGCGCACUGGCCGCCCGCCGCCGUGCCCGCGCUCUGCGCGCUGCUCGUGUGCCUGCGCGACCUGGAGCGGCCCGCCGACGCCUUCGCGGCCGGGGAGCGCGCGCUGCGCCGCCUGCACGCGCGCCAGGCCCACCGCUACUACGCGCCGCUGCUGGACGCCAUGGUCCGCCUGGCCUACGCGCUCGGCAAGGACUUCGUGUCGCUGCAGGCCAGGCUGGAGGAGAGCCAGCUCCGGAGGUCCACCCACCGGGGGUUCACCCUCAAGGAGCUCGCCGUGAGGGAGUAUCUGUCCUGAGCUCCCCCCGGCCCUGGCCCUGGCAGCGGGGCUGGGGACCGACCUGGCGUCAGCGCCGCAGGUGGACUGCUUGAGGCUGUUUUGA